AUGUUUCCAACCCUGCAAGCUGAUUUGGACAUUGUAAACAGAAAGGCAGAAGUGAUGAUGAUGAGAAGAAAACAAAGAAAUCAAUGUCUUAAGUACAUUUUGGCAUCAAUUGUUAUCUUUAUUCUUCUUCAAACAAAUAUUAAAAAAUCCAUUUCGGCAUACUUUUCAAAAUCUUUUCCCAAUACAGAGAAGGCAGCAUGGCAUCAUAAUAGUAUCAUCCGUAAAGUUGUUGAGGAUUUUGAUUUUCUGGAAGAUAAACAAUCAGUUGCUGAAACAGCAGAGGAAUGCCUGAUUCCUCAUCUGAGAUAUCGUCAAAACCCAACAGGUACAAACAGAAGCAGGGAAAAGGUGGCUUGCUCCCGUAUAACUCCUGUGGCUGGCUCAUGUACCAUAGCUAGGGAGAUGUUUUUGGAAUCUCGUACACUAGAGUGUGAUUCUAGACAGUCAAAAUUAUGUAUAAUACAGGGUUCUGGGCCUUACAUCAAAGUUGAGUGUGAUAUUGAAUUAUGUGCCUUGCCAGUUGUUGUUGGGACAAUCCAACCAGACACAGGAGAGUUACUUUGGCAAAAUUUUCGGGAUUCAUUGUCUCUUCAGCAACACCUCACUAAAAUGGUGGAUCCUUCCAACUCAAAACAACAUUAUGGCUUCUGUUUCCUAAAAUGUUUGAAGAAGGCAUAUGAAGAUUACAUGUAUGAUGUUAUAGGGAAAUACAACAAAGAUGAUGGAAUUCCGAUGUACGAUGAUAUUCACUCUGUAUAUUAUAUGUCUCAAAUGAUGGUUCUACCACCAGUAAUUAAAAAUAUAAAGAAAAGAAAGAAGAAUUCAUUGUUUAACAUCAACAUUAUUUUCAUAGAUUCUGUGUCACGUCAUCACUUUUUUAGGACCUUACCAGAGACAGUCAAGGUUAUGGAAUCCAUCAACCGUGACAACAUUAAAGAAAAUCACAGUCCAAUGGUUUUGGACUUUGAGCUUGUGCAGAGUAUGAGAUCAAGAACAUUUGAAUCCUUACAAGCCUUGUUUUCUGGCUAUGUUGAUCCUUCAGAGAAACCGUUUGGUGUUUUAGAUAUGCCUCCGGUAUCUCUCUCUACUGAAUCUCUGUUUGAUCCCUUUAAGUCACUGGGUUACCACACACUGUGGCUGGAAGACCUUUGCUGGGAGUGGGAGUGGGGAAUAUCUAAGGAUUUACGUGCUUUUGAAAAGUCAUAUACCAAGAAGAAAAUAUGGGAAGACCUAAAUGCAGCUCUAGAGAAGGCUGGUAUAGAUGGGCUGGAUACCACAUUGUCAAGCUGUGAAAUAUUCCGUGUCAAUAAUAUUAAUGAUCACUUUCAUGGACCAGACACAGUGUGUUAUGGUGGUCAGUUUCAGCACCAGUUCGCCUUUGACUAUCUCAGCCUUUACCAAUCUCAUAUGACUGACCUCCAACAGCGUUUCAUCACUUUCUUUCAGACCAAUGUUGGUCAUGAGGACACUGGACGUAGAAUUAAAACACUUGAUAAGUCACUCGCCAGUUAUCUAAAGUUUGCUGCAACACAGAAUGAUACAAUGACCAUCCUGUUUUCUGACCAUGGAAAUUCAUAUGGCAGUUUCCUGGACAAGAGUUUGGAGGGUCGUGUAGAGAUGUUCCACCCAUUUCUGAUGAUGGUGCUUCCACAGAGUGUCCGGAACAAACUCGGUCCUGAUAAGUCAAGCUCUCUUAUAUCUAAUCAGGAUAAACUGAUCAGUCUGUUGGACCUACAUCACAUGUUAAAUCACAUAGCGGAGAUGGGUCAAACAUCUCACUCCUUUAAUACCUCAAAUUACCACAGAAAAUCACUCUCUUCCAGCAAGAAACCAUUCCUUCCUUUGUCUUCUUAUGUUAAAAUCAAAGAACAGUUCCAUGUACCUGAAUAUGGUUUGUUGUCCAGGAUUUCCCCUUCACGGACUUGUGACCAGAUGCCCAGGAUAAUGCCUAACCUCUGUAUUUGUGAAGGUUAUGAGAAUACAGUAAAGAAUGACUCCUAUUAUGUUAUGUUUGCACACUUUGCUCUAAGUAAGCUUAACUCUGUUAUCCAUUCUCAGUACAGGAAAGGCAAUCCAAAAUCCAGCUCUUCAUUCGGGAGAUGUCAACGUCUUGUACUCCACAGCUUUGGAAAUGUAAAAGCUAAUUUUCGAAAGAACCACACAGUUUACAUAACUAUGGAGCUGUCUGUCCAGCUGACCAGCAAUAGACCAUCAGAGGUGUUCUUCGUAGCACUGAGAUAUUCCGUAGGGAGACCAGGGUCUUUAGAGCUGACAAGAUUUGACCGUAUCACUCCAUACAGCGGUUUUAAGAUCUGUGCUGACCCAGGCCUUGACCUCAAUCUAUGUGUGUGUUACCUUCAAUCAGGUAUAACAGAUCAGCUUUUUACCACCAAAAGUAUCCCUCAAAAAGCUCUGCUUUCAAAAUUAAAGGUAGACUUUGUGGACAAAUCGGUCAGUUGUCUUCUACUGUUGACCACUGAUAAUGACCAUGGUGUGGUACUAGAGGCUUUCAACACAUGUCCGAGACAAUCUGUUAAGAUCCAGAUACGGAUGUUUACUGCAAAUCUCAUUUUGUCCACAUCAUCAAAUCAAGUGGCAGCCAUUUUGGAACCAUUUGAUGUUAAAGUAAUGGUGGCUGCGAUGCAAAUUAAUUCGAGGAAGAAUAUCUCUUGGAGAUACAGUAUAUCUUUGUUUUUGGUGUGA